AUGUUGAAGAACUUCAAAACAUUAUCAAUGGCUGCGUUAGCAGCGCUUGUCAUGAUGGUACAAGUGGCUAACGCUGAAGACUGUACUUUGGGCGAACCAACCGGUGGGGAUGAUACACCACAGCUUCUUGAAGCAUUGCAGAAAUGCGGUACGGGUGGCAUGGUGACGAUUCCUUCAGGAGAAUACCAGUUGCUGACACCACUUGAGGUGGAUGGUCUGGACAAUGUUAUCAUCAACUUGGUCGGAAACUUGGCUCUCCCUAAAUCGAUGGAUGAUCAAAAAGCCGCUGGUACGGACAACUGGAUCUGGCUCGAAGGAAAAGGCGUUACGCUGAAGGGUGAUGCCGACGGCGAUGGAGGCCACAUACUUGGUAACGGUCAAGAGUGGUACGACGCCAAACAAUUGGACGAUCGCUUUGCUUUGUUGGGUAUCCGCUUAGAAGACUCGGUAAUCACCAACAUUAAACUGGAUGAGCCGUGCAAUAACUUUUUCAAUGUUCGCAACUGUGUAAAUGUCAACUUUACCGAUUUGACCCUCACCGCCGAAAGUGCAACUGAAAAUCCGCCCAAAAACACCGACGGUUUCGACUUGCACGACAGCACGCAAUUGCAUUUUAGCCAUGUUGAUAUCUAUAACCAGGAUGACUGCAUUGCCUUCAAAAAUGGCACUACUUUUGUCACCGCUGAAGAUGUAUAUUGCAAGGGCGGUCAUGGUUUCUCGGUUGGCAGUCUUGGCAAAGGUGCUGACUACAAUGUGGUUUCUGACAUUUCAAUGACACGCAUGACUUGUGAAGACUGUUGGGCAGUCGCUCAAAUCAAGUUCUAUCCUGCUGGAUCGUCAGGCUAUGUCAAAAACUUUUUUGCAACAGACUUUACGGUCACGAACGUGAAAUUGCCCAUAUGGAUCCAUUCGCACUAUCCUUGCAACCCAGAAGAGUACACUGAAGAUGGUGGCUGCGACGGUUAUCCAGGUCCUUCUCUUAUUGAGGUUAGCAACAUGCGCUUUAGCGGAUUCACUGGCUCCACCACAGGUUCCUACGAUAACAAUGUCGUUAUCUUUGAUUGCCCCUAUGGCACACCUUGCUCCGAAAUCUACGUUGAAGAUAUGGAUGUAUCUCCACCAGAAGGCAAUGCUACCUACGUCUGCAACAACAUCAACGACUCAAAUGAUAUUGGUAUCGACUGUGAAAUCACUUCUGGUCCAUUGGUGUCUUGGUAA